UAACAGAUAAAAAUUCAGGGUCUAAAAUUAUAUAAUAAUCAAUAGUGGAGGACUUUUUCCAUUAAAAUCACUUUCUUUUUGGUACAUUAUUUCAAAAAAAGAAGAAGAGAUGUACGAACCAUAGAUCACAUAAUAAUUGAAAGGCUAGAUGAUUGCCACGCUGGCAAUCCGCGUGACCUAAAGUGUAACCAAUCAGAAUUAAAAUUUUCAGCCUAUAUAUAUAGAGAACAGCAAAACCCUAAAGCCACUCAUAUUCUCAAUUCCCAGCACACCAACACUUCAUUUCUCUUCGAAUUCUGCUAAAGUCUCUUCAAGUCGUUCUAGUUUCGAAGAGAACGAUGAGUACUGGAGCAGGAAGCGGAACAACCAAAGGUGGCAGAGGAAAGCCAAAGGCCACCAAAUCCGUCUCUCGUUCGUCCAAAGCCGGUCUUCAAUUCCCUGUCGGAAGAAUCGCCAGAUUCCUCAAAGCCGGUAAAUACGCCGAGCGUGUCGGUGCCGGAGCUCCCGUCUAUCUCUCCGCUGUUCUCGAAUACCUCGCAGCUGAGGUGUUGGAGCUUGCGGGAAACGCAGCAAGGGAUAACAAGAAGACACGUAUAGUACCAAGACACAUUCAGCUUGCAGUGAGGAACGACGAAGAGCUGAGUAAACUUCUGGGAAGUGUGACGAUUGCGAAUGGAGGUGUUUUGCCAAAUAUUCAUCAGAAUCUUUUGCCUUCCAAGGUUGGCAAGAACAAAGGAGAUAUUGGAUCUGCUUCUCAGGAGUUCUGAGUUUCUUCUUUGUUCUGUUUCUGUUGUUUGGAUUCCGAACUUGUAAAAUAGACCCUGUUGGUGUUUUUUUAGGGGAUCAGAUUUGCUUAAAAGCUUGGCUAUUGCCUAAGUAUGUUUAAUUACUGAAUGAUAUAAUUUUUCGGAACUGAUCAAGUAUCAAUGGUACUGGUAUUAAACAAUA